AUGCGUGCCUCCGUGUACAUAGGUGCAGAGGCUGUAUGUACACUUACGUGGGGUCCCGACACCACGGGCGCCUGCCUAUCUGACAUUGGAUUUCGAAUAGACAACACGGACCAUAUAAUAGACGUGAACAAGAACAACGCGGCGUUCGAGUACGAUCAAGUGAACAUAAUAUGUCCCGUGUACCAGCCGGGAACGUAUGACGAGGACGCGGAGAAGUAUAUUAUUUACAAUGUGUCCAAAGAGGAGUACGAAACAUGUCGGAUAACAAAUCCGAAUCCGCGAGUGAUAGCGGUCUGUAACAACCCGUAUAAGACUAUGUACUUCACGAUCACCUUCAGGCCGUUCACACCGCAACCCGAAGGCCUGGAGUUCCUGCCAGGCCACGAUUACUAUUUCAUCAGCACUUCGUCCAAGGACGACCUCCACAAACGCAUCGGUGGACGAUGCACCAGUAACAACAUGAAGGUGGUCUUCAAAGUGUGCUGCCGCAACGAAGCUGACACCUCGUCGUCAUCAGCGACAUCGCGCAACAAUUCCGUGGCCGUAACCAGCAGCACUGUACCGAGCAGCAGCUCGACUAGCACCGCUGUUUUGGGUGGAGGAGCCGUUGGAAUACCACCCCCGCCACCACCGAGCGUCCUCAAGGGCGGAGAUCGAUUCUACCCAGGGGGCAGCAUUCAUCAUCAUCACGAUCAUCAUCAACCGGCCACGGCGGCGCCGACCCUGUCCCACGUGCCCCCUCCGGCCAUCUACCCCGUGCAUCCGCAUCAGCCUCCGAUUCACAAUGGACCGCCGUCCUCCUCGCCGCCCAAGACCUCGAUCGGCCAGAAGAAGAAGAACAAGGAAUAUUCAGAUCAUCCGAACGAAGUAGUGAAGAACGAAGAAUUGACUUAUAAUGGAGCGAGUUCCAGCCGUGUUCAAGAUCGGUACAGCCAAUUGUUGGUGGCGUUGAUAGGAAGCUUGUUGAUCAGCGCCAUUCUGCCGCAAUUAUUGCGGUGAAGUGACAACAUUACUGACGAGAACGUAUAUCUCAUACGUCGAAACCCCUUUUUCUGUGAUUAUCCUACGUUUAAUUAAUUUCUUGAGGCACGCGUGUGCACGCGCACUCGCGCGGCCGCCCCUCGAUCGUGAAAAAUAAAACGUGCACGAUUUAUGGUCGGACUGCCUCGAGAGAAAAAGAGAACGAGAAAAUUUAAUCGGGAUGGAAGAGAGACAAAAACGAACAACUUUAAAAAAAAACGAAAAUUUAAUGAAAAUAAAACAGAAUACGAUUUAAGAAGAACGAAGAGUUGGUAAAAAAUAAGUAAACGUCAAAUGUCAAGAGAAGAGACACGCACGACACACGAGCAGCAACGCCAUAUUGAAACUAUUCGAAAACGAAGAACGAAGAUGUAGCUAAGAUUACAAAGACGAAGAAAGACGAAAUGAGGAGAAACGCUACUACUAGACAUUAUUAUAGUAUGCCCACUAUUAUCACUACUAUAAAUGGUAGUCGUAUUGGUUGUCCUUCUUAUCAUUACGCUAAUUCUAGGUAUUUAUUGGAAAUACGAAGAAAAAGAACGAAGUGAACAGCGUGCUAACUAUCCUCAAGCAAGAUGCAAUAUAUCUAUAGUAAUAAUAAUAAAUAUAUACAUCAGAAAAGCGCGAAAAUUUUUUCUUUUAAAGACCAUAACCUCGCGCGUGAAAAUUUCAGUUAAAUUACUGAUGAUAAUAUUGAUUGACGAACGGUUCUUUGUCACUUAUUCCUUUAUCGCUUAU